GAAUCAGCGGGCAAAUACCAACCUGCUGUGAUAUCACAUGCGACAAUCUCGAGAAAAAAAGUUGUUAAUCUCACUCUUAUACUAGUCCGCAAUCACAAAGUUAAUAAAUAAUCAAUGAGAAGAGUGGCCUACUCAUUGCUACCAACAUACGAAUAUCAGUUGUAUUAAUGUUGGCAAGCUUCGCCAGUACUUUUCUUAGUUACGUAAAGAUAAUUACUGAGAUACCUAGAUGCAGCAGUGCAACUGUAUCGUACUCAAAGCAGCGACGUUUGGCGGUACGUCGAAGUUGGUGAAUUCUGUGUAGAUAUCUGAAUUUUUAAAGCAGUUGUCGCAAGUGAGUAAUGUUGAGACGUGAACUGUAGAAGUGUACCGACCAUUGCACAGUGCACCGCAUACUGCACCAAAUUGUGGCGUAUCUACUGAAAUUCCUAUGUGGUUCCUAUAUUUAUCAAUUUUUUGAAGCAGUGUUGUUCAUUUUCGGUAUCUGAGGAAAUGCUGUAGGUCAAGGCAUCAGGUUCAGACUGACGUCAGAUCCGUACUUCUGACACGCACCACGCGUAGACUCUUGCAAUUGGCGGUCUCACACUGCAAACAAUACCGAUACAUACAAAGGUACCAAAAAUGAGUUACAUUGUAGUAGCAAACACAGUAGUUACGUAACACAUCAUAACACUGGCAAAUAAAGUAGUUACCUAACACAGUUGAAAUACAAAGGAAUGGGCGCAGUGUUGUCUUGGUUCACUAGUGACUCCAGCAAUGGAGAACCCAUCAGACCUUAUAAACCACAAACAUAUCUUGAAGCAAAGAAGAGAUAUGAACCAUCUGUACCCAGUAAUUACAAUGUGAGAGUGUUACCUUCCAGUUCACAAGAAUAUAACAGUUUUUCCUACUAUGGAAGUACUUUACCAAAUCAUUCUACAUCGUCGAAUUUGCAGUACGUUGGUAGUGGACAUUACCAAAGAUAUUCUCUAGUGAAAACUGCAGGCUCUACUCUGCACAAGUUUGUCUUACAAUUAACUGUUGAAUGGGAUCCCAUGGAUGCCAACUCAGAGUUUCAGCUAUAUUUAUUGCCCUUAGGUACUUGGGAAUAUGAAGAAAUAUUUAGGUUAUUCAAGCGUACCACACAGAAACAGUUCAUGGUUCAUAAAAUUUACAGGGUUCAGAAUCCGUACUUAUUGGGUUGCUAUUUACUCAAGAAAGAAGAAAUGAAAUCAAGAUACCAUUAUGUUACUGAGAAGUAUUUAUUUCAUGGUACCAAGGAGGUAAACAAGGACAGUAUUUGCAAAAAUAACUUUGACUGGAGGAAACAUGGACGUUCGGUAGGCAACAUUUUUGGGAAAGGUGUUUCAUUUACACCUAUUUCUUGUUACGCCAGUCAUUAUUCAGACAACUGCAACACUCAAAGAAUGAUGUUUGUGUCUAAAGUUCUAAUUGCAAAGGAAGUUGUAGGUAACAAGGAUAUGGUACUACCACCUGUAUUUGAUUACGGGCGGUGUCUUAGGUAUGACACUGCUACUAAACACAAUGGUCAGGUUGUCGUCAAAUUCUCAGAUUGUGAGUUUUAUCCUUCGUAUGUUGUAUAUUACACAGGACAGUAUGUAAAAAGGGAGUAAAGGAAAUGGAAUUUAGCCAUUAUGAAACUAACUUACUUUUUUUCCAGUUUUUGUAAGAAAAUGAGAUAAGUAUGUAAUUUAUCAUGUAUACAAUGUUCCAUAAGAACUGUGGUUGUUUUACAGACUUUGUUGGCAUGAAACGCUCCAAAUAUACUUUAGAUAAAAGUUCCUCAUUUAAAAAAAAUAAAUCAUGUUUGUUAUAUUGAACACUAAAUUUUUAUUAUAUUUAACAUGUUUGUGGAUAGCUGCCUGGCUGUCAGUGGUCUCCUUCCAUGCUUUCUGUUAUUUUUUAUGUAAUUAAUAUCAGGAGAAUCUUGUUUAGUUUGCAUGUGUGAUAAGACUUGCAGAAAAUAGUGACAUUUAUAAAUCCUAGAGCACAUAACAUAGUUAUUGGGACUAUGAAUCUGUAACAGGAGCAGUUUCCUUUUUUUCUUUCUAAUAGUUUAAAUUUUUUGUUAAUAUCUGUUCUGCUGCAUACACAUAUUACCAGUUACACAGACACUGUAAACUGCAAGGUGUGGAGAGAAUGUUGAGAUGUAAUAAGUCUAUUUCAGCAGAAAGUAAUUUGCUAAUGAUUAGUGUAAAACGUCUCGCCACACAACCAGUGAUCCAGGAUUAAGUGAAUAAUGGUCUACUUAUGGGAAGUUUUUCGUUAAUUCAUUCAUUUAUUUUCAGCAUUUAAGAAGGCCACUAUGCUUUCCAAUACAAACUUAAAACAACGUGCUUGAAAUCAUUAUUUGUAGUGUUCUGUGCAUACGUUACUUUUAGAGCGAGAGAAAAUUUCUUUGUUUUUGCCUAUUGUCAGAUGAAGACAAUUCUGUACAGAAAAUUUACUUCAAAAGUAUUUGCUCACAAACAGCUUUAUAAGUUGUUAGUAGCGUGUUACAGAAUCCUAAGCAUUAAUUGAAUUGUUUACCCUGACACACAUUUCUUUUUUCACAAAAACUUUCUGACUUAUUGCUUUAAAGAAGUAUUGUAGGUGAAUUUGUAACAAUAUUUGUGGCUCCUUAUGAUUAAUCUGGUGUUUAUGUUAUAUAUUUAAUUACUUUGCCCUAGGUUCCAAUAAUGAAUCCAAUCUUCUAAUCGUAGUAACUUUAUAAUGCAGUAUUUUCCCUUCCUUGGCAUGCAUUUCAAUAAAAGCAAUUUUGGCAUGUGUCAAGUUCA